AGUGCUAUCCCAUUCUUCUCUUGGAUUACUUCCGGUAUCUGACAGUCGGCAAAUUCUCCAGAAAGAUUCCUGUUUCCAUCGUCAUGUAGAUUGUGGUAUGGUCUAAGAUACUCAUAUCUUGUUAACAGACAGUAAAAGAGGACAUUCCAGUCGAUUGAUACGGCAUUGUCAUAACAAAAUGGGCAAUGGAAUGAAUAAGAUAAUUCCUGGACUUUAUGUCGGAAACUUCCGGGAUUCUAAGGAUCCUGAGCAGCUGGAAAAGUACAAAAUCACACACAUUCUGUCUAUACAUGAUAAUGCCAAAAAGAUCCUGGAGGACAAGGAGUAUCUGUGUAUUGUAGCCAGUGACACUCCCGAACAGACCCUCACCAAGUUUUUCCCGCAGUGUAUAGAUUUCAUCCACGAGGCACGGCUCAAAGGUGGCAACGUCAUAGUCCAUUGUAUUGCUGGGGUGUCCAGAAGUGUCACAGUCACAGCUGCCUACAUCAUGACGGUCACUAGUCUCGGCUGGAGAGACGCUGUAAAUGCCAUACGAGGAGCACGUAGCUGUGCCAAUCCUAAUUUCGGUUUCCAGCGACAGCUACAACAAUUUGAAUCAGACCUGGUGGAAAAGGAGCGGAAGAGAAUUAAGGAAAAGUAUGACCCAAGUCCAUAUAAUGAUGAGAUGGAAUGUCGGGCGCUGCUUACAGCUUUCAAGAAGUUUGUAUUAUACGAUGACCCAAAAGACAAGGAUGACGGCCUCUAUCCCUUACCUCCCAAUGCCUACAAGCCAGAUCCUCGUGACAAAUCACCUCCUACAGAUUCCCGUAAAGAGGAUAAGAGCAAAAAAACUGGCUACAGUAAAUAUGCAGAAAAAGAUGCAAUACAAAAGAAAUUGUCGUGACGCCAUUGUCAGGAUUUCUCCAGUGAUGUUUCGUUGUGGAAUAAUGAUGAUGGUAAUGAUGAAACUAGUUAAAGCUCAGUCACUGGUAGUGUUUUGAGAAAGAUAACGAAAGAAAAUCAAAUACAUCUAUUAGAUACUUUGUAGUUUUAAUAUUAUUCAACCUAGUAGAUUGCAAUCAAAUUUUAGAGGUAUAGAAAUUAUAUUAUACAAACACCCAUGUCCAAGUAUAUAGACCAUAAUAGCAUAUUUAACCUUCUAAAUACGUAUAGUUCACACUUCAGUUUAAGGAAAUUGGGUUUUGAAAAUUAACUGCUGUUUAUUAUAAAUUGAAGAAUCCCAUCAUAAUAUUUACCAUAUUUCAAAUAAGAAAUCUAUAAUUAAUUCAUAAGUCAUUUUACCCUGCCAGACUUAGUUGGCAGCUUAACUACAUCCAUACAUAUUUAGAUAUUAUAUACAUAAAAUUUAAGUAAAAAAAUAUCAAUAAUAGAUUUUUAUCAGAAAAAAAUCAAAAAGCAAUAAAUCUUUUGAUAACUUUUUGUUAAAGGAUGCAUUUUUUAAAAGGAAUUUAUUAGUGUUUAUAAUUUAAAUGCCUGUUUGAAUAAAAAAUACCCGAUUGUCUUGCUUGAGAAUGCACUAGGUGUUAGUUCCAUUACUACAGUACUGUAUUGUUCCGUCUCAUACUGUGGUAAAAUGUUUCGCCAGUCUCAAUUAGUAAAGUGUUCACUCAGUAUCAUUUGUGAUAGGAGCUGCCAGGAGGCACGGUGGUUUAGUGGUUGGAUGCCGGGCUCGUGACCAAAGGGUUGCUGGUUUGAGUCGCUGCACAGUACUGUGUUGUAUCUUUGAGCAAGAUACUUUGCUCCGCUGGCUCCAGUCUACUCAGCUGUAAAUGAGUAUGUGGUUGGGCAGUGCUAGAAUUGUAGAAUGCUAGCUGAGAGCGCCUAAAUGGCAGUACCGGCUGUAUGCUCCCCAGGGAGUUGAGAAAGAUACUGACUGGUUGUAAGGCCCUAUAACCACAGA